GCUGGUUUUCGGCGACUGGGCGAUCGGCUGUGAAGGCGUCUGCCUUUGGCGCCAAACGCAGCUUCAUGCAUGGUCGGGCGGGGUAGAACGCAAGAGGACUUUUCUUUCUCUCUUUCCCUCUCCCAAGAAUAACCCGCACUGUCACUCAGUUUCAAAAAUUUCCCUCCACUACCACAUAUACUGGUUAGAUUUGAACUUAUGCAGCAGGAAAGGCUACAUGGAUAACAGAGGUCUUCAUGGAAAAUAAAAGUGAGGGGCAACUUUCAUGGAGGCAAAGGGUUCGCCAACGCUGGAAAAGGGCAAAAGAAGAAAUCCCCCUCUCUUCAAGUCACACUCCGGUGACAACGCACCUGGAGAGGGGUUUUGAGCCAAACACAGGGAAUGAUACCGCAGGCGCUUUGCCUGAGCCUCUUGGUUUAUGGGAUGAAGCAUACGACCUUUUGAAGGGGGAAAAGCCCGAGCUUUUAUUAGGUUACGAGAGCCUCUUGUCCGAAUUAGCCAUUAACGUCAACCCAACUGCGAUAGUGCCAGGGCAAGAUGCGAACGAUCUCGAAAAUACAAUUCCCCAACACGAUGUGACAGCUCGUCGACAAAAGCUAGAGCAGAUUGCUGAGACUAGCUUUCAAAAUUUACAAGCCGGAAGUCUCAAAGUGACACUUUUUGGAAAAGAGAUGGCGUUGCAAGAGGCGGCCGGGAAGUUGGGCAAUGGCCUUAACUGGGUUCAAAACUACUCCAAAGAGGCACUCAAACAUGUCCCCUAUGCACCGGUUGCUAUGGCAUGCACAUCUCUCCUUCUUCCUUUGUUGAUCAGCCCAUCCAGGGUUGACGACGAAAACAGAACAGGACUUCUGUACGUCACGUCCCAAAUUCGAUACUAUAUUGAGAUGGAACACCUUCUUCUGCCUGCGUUCACAGAUCACAGGAUAAAAGCACAGAUGAGGGAGCACGUGAAAGGUUUGUAUAAACUCGUAAUUGAUUACCAGGUGCAAAGUGUGAUGAAAUUCAAUCGUGACCCUGUGAAGAACUACUUCCGAAGUGUAGCUGACUAUGACGGCUGGAGCGAUCAACUGAAUGCAAUCAAGGAAGCCGAGAAAACACUCAGAGGACGAUUUCAGGAGGCUGCCUCCUGGCUAAAUGUCAAAAGACUGAAUGACCUCGAAAUGGAAGCCGAGAAAUCACGCAUUACUCUGGAAAAUGUUACAAGUUUCACUCAGAAAAUUGAGCAACAUAUGUCUGAGGCCGAAUAUCGCCGUUGUCUGAAUACAUUGAAGGCUACGAACCCACAGUUGGAUAAACAACGGAUUGAGAAGCUUAAAGGUGGUCUCCUAAAGGACUCCUACAUUUGGGUGAUUGAAAAUCAAGACUUCAAGAAGUGGAUGAAUGGAAGAUCUGGGCAAAUUCUUUGGAUUAAAGGUCAACCCGGAAAAGGGAAAACGAUGCUGGUCUGUGGAAUAAUCGAUGAGCUCUCUCAAGUGACUACCCCCGACACCAAUAUCGCUUUUUUCUUCUGUCAAGCGACCGAGAAAUCCCUGAAUAAUGCCUCCGCAGUCUUACGAGGCCUUAUCUCUAUGAUUGUGAAGCAACAGCCUUCCCUAUUGAGUUAUCUUUCUGAAGGUUGCUUUGACGGCCAUAAUGCUUGGUUCGCCCUAAAGAAUACCUUCAACAGCAUUCUUAAUGACAAGACGUUGCAGCCAACCUACUUGUUGAUCGAUGGACUUGAUGAAUGCGUUGAAGACCGUCAGCACCUUCUUGAAUUGCUUGUCGAGCAUUCGUCCGCUCAUCAAAACGUCAAAUGGAUUGUCUCCAGUCGGGACUGGUUAGAUAUUGAGCGAGAGUUGGACACAGCCACGCAGAUGAAAUUGCAUUUGGACUUGAACGAGGAUGUCUUGUCAAAAGCUAUUCACUCAUUUAUUGAAUACAAGGUUGAAAAACUGGCGAACAGAAGUGUCCAGAGCAAGAAGAACCCCGAUAUUUGGAAAGCUGUUAAAGACCAUCUGCUGUCGAAUGCGAAUGGGACAUUUCUAUGGGUGGCGUUGGUUUGCGAGUAUCUUGCCCCCUUGAAUUGGUGGAAUGUUCGGGCGAAGCUCGAGGACUUCCCUUCCGGUCUUGACAAAGUCUACGACCGCAUGAUGAGCCAAAUUAUUAACUCUGAGAAUGCUGAGAUCUGCAAGUCUAUUCUUGGCGUUAUCGCGACCGUGUACCGGCCCAUCACACUUGACGAGCUUAUGGUCUAUGUUGACCUGCCUGGUGAUGCUAUCGACGCACUCACAGAUUUGAUUCGGCUUUGUGGCUCCUUUUUGUCUGUUCAGGACAACACUGUUUUCUUGAUUCACCUGUCAGCAAAGGAAUACCUCACAGAAAAGGCAUCCAGCGGAAUACUUCCCAGUGGGAAAGAGAUAGUACACGACAAGAUCUUUUCAAGAUCACUACAGACCUUCCGGGGAGUUUUGCGACGGGACAUCUAUAAUUUGAAAUCGCCUGGUUAUUCAAUAGACGAGGUCGAGCCGCCACACCCGGAUCCCCUGCGUACAGUGCGUUAUGCAUGUGUCUAUUGGGUUGAUCACUUUUCAUGCAGUAACAUAGAUGACAUCGAGACAUUGACUAAAGCAGAACGAUUGGUAUGUUUGUUUCUAUGCGAGAGUUAUCUUCAUUGGCUGGAGGCCAUGAGCAUUCUGCAGAGCAUUCCUGGUGCUAUCGCGUCCAUCCAAAAACUGGAAACGUUGGCGAAUAGCAAGCCAAGUUCCCUUUCACUCCGAAUCAGGGAUGCCAUCCGAUUCGUCCAAUACACCAAGGUGGCGAUUGAAAACAGUCCCCUUCAGGUUUACUAUUCAUCUCUCAUCUUCAGUCCUACGGAAAGCAUCAUGAGGCAAUGCUACCAUGAUAGAGAGAGAAAACAAGGCUGGAUUUUGAAAGAACCUUUGGUAGAAAGAAGUUGGAGCCCAUGUCUUCAAACAUUAGAGGGUCAUAGUUUCGAGAUCUUCUCAAUAGCUUGGUCUCCAGAGGGAAGUCAGCUUGCUUCAUUAUCAAUGGAUGGUCUCAGAAUAUGGGAUCCGACUACUGGCGAAUGCAGUCUCAUCCUCGAAGACAAAGAAACUUCUGGGUCUUCUAUUUGGUGGCUUGAUGACAUUCGACUCGCCCUGGUUUCGGACGGUACAAUCAUGGUGUGGAAUCUACGCAAUAAACAAUUCAUGCCAUUAUUUCAGAGCCAUUCGCACAAUAUUUGCUCCAUGGCCCUGUCUCCCGGUCGAAGUCGACUCGCAUUUGCAUCAAAGAAGUGCAUCUGGAUAUCAGACCUGGCUACUAGCAGCUUGGAAUCAAUGCGUCAGGGCCACACGAGAGAAGUCUCCUCGAUGUCCUGGUCUCCAGAUAAAUCUCAACUUGCAUCAUUGUCAGAUGACAAUACUAUUACGAUCUGGGAUACACAUUCUAUGGAGUGUCUCUGCAUCCUGGGAACCAGUGGUAGCAAUCUGAACUAUAUAGCGUGGUCUCCAGACGGAAGUCGUCUCGCAUCAGGGUCUUACAAUAUGACUAUCAAGAUAUGGGACAUAAAAUCACAAGAUUGUGUCUUACUCCGAGGUCAUAAUGAUGCGGUGGAACAGGUAGCCUGGUCCCCAGAUGGAUCGAAAUUCGCAUCAGCGUCGCAUGAUAGGACGAUUCUUAUAUGGGACCCCUAUACAUUGAAGUGUCUAUAUACCAUUGAGGGUCAUAGUGGCGAUGUGAUAUCGAUAGCCUGGUCUCCGGAUGGGAGUCACCUCGCAUCAGGGUCAGAUGAUACCACUAUCAAGAUAUGGGACAUUGGAGUUCAACCUCAAUCAUUUAGACGCGGUCAUAAUGAUCUCAUUUCUUCAAUUGCCUCGUCCCCUGACAGAACUCGAGUCUUAUCAGAGUCACUGGAUGAAACCGCUCGGUUGUGGGAUCCCACUAAUGGCCAGUGCACAACGUUACAAGGCCCUGCGGGCAAGAUUAGCAGAUUUUCGGGUAACUACAAUACAAGCAAACUGGCCUCAAUAAUAUCCGACAACACAAUUAGGGUAUGGGAUCCGACCACGGGGCGGUUGACGGUUUGCAAAGGCCAUGCGGACACUGUCUACGACAUAGCCUGGUCUCCUGACGAGAGUAAGAUUGCGUCAGCAUCAUUUGAUCGCACCGUUCGGGUGUGGGAUCCAAAUAACGGCCAUCAGCUCUCAAUUUGCGAAGGCCAUACCGACAGUGUUUACGACAUCGCUUGGUCUCCUGACGGCAGUCAAAUUGCAUCAACAUCAACUGAUUGCACCGUUCGGGUCUGGAAUCCAAUUACAGGUCGUCAGCUCAUUGUUUGCGAAGACAAUACCAAUCUAAUUUCCACUGUUGCCUGGUCUCAUGAUGGGAGUCAGCUCGGUGCAACAUCAAUGGGGAAAAUCUCUAUAUGGAACCCAGCGACUGGCCAGUGCAUCUUCAACGUCCCUAUUGCAACCGAUGGGUUCCUUCGAUUCGAUAGCAGCGACCCAGACUCUCUCCAUACUGGGCUGGGUAUGUUUGAUAUAAGGGAGUUGAAACCUGUCUCCACAUGGUGCAGUGACUUGAAUUCUGUUCCAAGACCACGUGGGUAUGGUCUCAGCGAAGAUCUUUCCUGGAUAACAUAUGAUGGAACCAAGGUCCUGUGGUUGCCCCCUGACCACCGACCGGACAGUCUAGAUGCAUUAGCCUUAACAACUACCGGUGUAAUCAUUGGCUGUGUAUCUGGUGUUGUUGAAUUCUUUGAGUUCUCAGCACUGAACCCUCUUACCGACCUUUGA